AUGCGGUCAGCAUCGAUAGAAGCCGGCACGGCCUCCAGCUCACAAACAACCGCUCAAGACCAGCAACGGCUACUCGACCCGAACUCCAGCAGCCAGCACACCGAUGGCGAUGAUGACUUCACAAUACGCGCCGUCCUAGCUGGCUUGCUGAUUGGCUGCUUACUCGCAUUCACCAACCUCUAUCUGGGUCUACAGUCAGGAUGGAUCAGCAUGAUGUCCCUCCAAAGCUCGCUUUUAGGGUUUGCACUAUUUCGCAUCAUUCCACGCCAUAUCGACCUAUCUGGUCGACGGUUUGUGCUCAUGUCAACACCUUUUACGCGACAAGAGAACGUUUUGGUACAAACAACAGCAGCAGCCGUGGGAGUGAUGCCCUUGUCUGCAGGACUGGUGGGUGUGAUUCCAGCACUGAACAAGCUGACGUGGGAGAAGGAUGGGAGUGGUCCGAUUGAUUUGGACUUCUUGCAGCUGUUGGGGUGGUGCUUUGCGCUGGCCUACUUUGGAGUCUUCUUUGCAAGUCCACUGCGAGAGCCGAUGAUCGUGAAGGAGAAACUGACGUUUCCGAGUGGCACAGCGACUGCGCAGUUGAUUGGGGUGCUGCAUAAUAAGCCGCUGAUUGGGAUAGCCAGCUCGACGGCUGCAAAUGGAGUGAAUCGUGGUCAGGUUAGGAGAUGCAGUCAUGCACAAUCAGGCGACGUCCAAGGCGAACAAGACACCGAGAGAACGGCCUUGCUCAGCAGUCAAGAUCAUUCCCAAAGCUACGAGGAUGGCGACAACCGCAACGACGAGACUGGCAGCAAGGACGGCAUCGACAACUCAAAAGGCUGGAAGGCGCUAGCAUGGUCCUUUUCAGGAUCGGCAGGCUUCACCAUCCUCUCGUACUAUAUUCCAGUGUUGUACGCCAUGCCGCUGUUCGACUUUCUCCCUCCGCACAACCUGGCUUCGAUGUGGGGAUUCUGGUUUACACCUUCGCUUAAUUACAUCGGUCAAGGCAUCAUCAUGGGCUUGCCGACCACGGUGAGCAUGGCAGCCGGUGCAAUCGUGGGAUGGGCAGUGCUUAGCCCUCUAGCGUACUACAAGGGAUGGGCACAGGGACAUCCACUGGACUCGGAGAACGGAAGCAAAGGAUGGAUUCUGUGGAUCAGCUUGGCCAUCAUGUGUUCGGAGAGUAUUGUGGGCCUAGCCGCUUUGGUUGCAAGCAACGGGAUUCGCGAUCUGCACAGUAUGGCAGCUAAGAAGAAGAGGCGGCAGGAGCAUGACGAUCAUGAUGACGGAGAACAGCAAGGGAAUGAGGGUGAAGAGGCAGACAAGGAUCACGAGCCGCCGCAUCGACAAACUCCCAAGACGUGGGUGGUCAGCGGUCUAGUCGGAUCGACAUUGAUAGCUGUAAUGCUGAUCUACAUCGCAUUCGGACCAGAAGGCAUCUCGCCUUGGGCUACGUUGCUGGGCAUCAUACUCGCAUCGCUGUUUGCCAUCCUGGGUGUGCGUGCUCUUGGAGAGACCGAUCUGAACCCUGUCUCGGGCAUCGGCAAGAUCUCGCAACUAAUCUUUGCUCUGGUUCAACCGGGCAAUGUGGUAGCCAACUUGAUCGCAGGAGGUAUCUCGGAAGCAGGCGCCAUGCAGGCAGGAGACUUGAUGCAAGACUACAAGACAGGUCACCUGGUGGGUGCAUCACCAAGAUCGCAAUUCAAAGGCCAGCUGAUUGGAAGUACACUCGGCAUUUGGAUCAGCAGCUUUGCAUAUAAGCUCUACACGAAUGCAUACGAGAUCCCUGGACCGCAAUUCCCUGCACCAACGGCGGCCGUGUGGCUCAACUUGGCGAGACUGGUCAACAACGGCCAUCUGCCCGACAAAGUCGACAUCUUCAUGAUUGUGUUUGGCGCCAUCUUUGCGGUGUCAGGAUUGAUCAAGACUCUGGCGAGGAGCAAGGCGCUGCGACAGGAGGGUGGCCAGGUCGGGAGAAGCACUGCUGGUAAGGUGGCCAAGUUGGUACCGAGCGGUAUUGCAUUUGCUGUUGGCAUGCUCAACACGCCCAACUUUUCGUUGGCAAGGCUGGCGGGUGGCUUGACUGCGCACUGCUACUACUCAAGGCGGAGUGCAUCUGCAGCCAGCUCAGCGGCUUCUUCGUCCAAGACACCUGCCGCUUUGGCAGGGAUCGGCAUCAUCAUCGUGGCAAGCGGUUUCGUGUUGGGAGAAGGAGCAGCUAGUAUCGUGACAUUGUUGCUGAAGCAGAAUAGUGCGCAAGCAUGGACGUGUGCGGGCUGCAGGGGAGGAUGCGCAGGUGGAUGUUCAUAG